AUGGAGACGCAUCGUGCGGAAUUUCAGUCCGUCGUACGAUCUUCCCUCUCCAUAGACUACCGGGUUGUGCUGAUAGAAAUAUACAGAUGGUUUGCGGUGACUAUGGGAACUGGCAUUGUUUCGGUGUUGAUGACAUCGAUCCCUUUCGAUACUCCAGUUUUCUAUUACUUGUCGAUUGUCUUCUUCCUACUCAAUCUGGCGUUAUUUACUCUAGCUUUUAUUACAUCUGUUCUUCGAUACACCUUAUAUCCUGAAAUAUGGCAUGUGAUGAUCCAAGACCCGACCAAUUCGCUCUUCUUGGCGACAAUCCCGAUGGGUUUUGCUACACUCAUUGAGAUGUGGGUGUUGAUUUGCGUGCCAAUCUGGGACGAAUGGGCUAAGACACUUGCGUGGGCUUUAUGGAUGAUAGACGUGAUAGCUGCGGCUUCUGUGACUCUGUCAUUGUCCUUCAUUUUAAUAUCUCAGAGCUAUAUCACCUCGCUAGAUCGGAUCACUGCGGUUCAAUUAUUGCCAAUCGCAGCGACUAUUGUGGCAGCGGGUGCUGGCGCACAGGUCGCUCUUAUCUUACCAGACAAACAACAUGCGCUGGGAACACUCCUCGUCUCAUUCAUUCUCUGGGGUAUGGGUACUCCGUUGGCCAUUGCGGUAUUGGUAAUCUAUUAUCAGCGACUAGCAGUGCAUAAGCUUCCACCGAGGGAGCUGAUUGUAAGCUGUUUUCUACCCCUGGGACCUCUUGGCUUUGGUGGGUUCGGCAUCCUUUACAUUGGGAAAGUGGCACGGGUAUUGUUGCAGGAUUCCCAAUUCCUGGACCCUAUCGCAGGCCAGAUGGCAUAUGUCUUGGGUGUCUUCAUAUCCCUCCUCAUGUGGAGCUUCGGCUUGAUUUGGCUCUUGUUUGCCCUAGCUACCGUUCUAUACACCUCUCCGUUUCCAUUUAACAUGGGUUGGUGGGGAUUUACCUUUCCGCUUGGCGUAUAUGCCGCAAACACUAUGGAAUUGGGUCUCGAAAUGGACAUCAUGUUCUUCAAAGUCCUCGGCACCACCUUAAGUGGCGCUGUGUUGCUGUUGUGGACGUUGGUUGCAUUACGAACUGCACACGGAGCAUGGCGCGGAAGCCUGUUUCAUGCGCCAUGUUUACGAAGCCUGUCAUCGAGGGAAGAGGGGGCUGAGCGAGAUGGAGAUCGGCAUCGGGCGUAA